AUGCUGAGAAGGCCUGAAGAAUCUAUCCAGAAUGCUUUAGUAACCUAUUCUGGAUUGCUUUUUGACACAUUAGGGCCACGAAUGCGAAGUCAACACUCUGAAAAGGCUUAUGACCUCUACUGCGUGGCAGCAGACAAUCUUGAUCUAAACGGUACUGCCAAUCGAGCUGCUGUAAUGAUAAUUGCUCAAAUCUCGACAUAUUACCCUUCUGUGAUGAAUAAGGUUUACAUUGAGUUCUCAUAUUUAGAUUUUUCGAAGGUUAAGGAGAAAAGCGUUCUUCAGGCAUUCUUGAGAUGUAUGGUGAACGUACGAGAUGCGGAUGAUGCUGUGAAUAGAACGCGGCUGAUUGGAUCACUGAACACAUUGAAAGCGAUUUGGCCACUGCUUUCAGAACCAGGAUGUACCGUCACACAAGAUAGUAUGAAAAUUGUGAUUUGCAGUGUAUUAUGCUGCUUACAUUCGGCUCAUAGUGAAGUGGUUGUUCCCAGUAUAGAGUUGCUCGAGAAAAUCAUGUCAAAGCCGUUACAAUGGCUACGAGAGUUCGUUCCCUUGCAGUUCGACGUAACGCCGUCAUUUCGGUCCAAGUUAGUUGGAUCUGAACGUCCAUCAAGGACGGCGUCACCAGUUCGAGGUGAGGAGUCAAUUCCGCCUUCAUCGCUCGGUUCCAUGUUUGAUGUAACGGAGUCCAGUGGAGGGAUUUCGGAAUUCAAUGUGCCUCUGCAACUACCAGAUCGUUCUGAAGGCCCCUCUACGAGUGGCAGCUCUUCUCCAGCAGUGGAAGAUGAAAUAAUCGAUCCACUAAUACACGCGGAUCUUUAUGAGGAAGUUACAAAAUCUGAUCGAUACGGUAUCGAUCCUAAUACUUCCGUGUUGUCCGAUUCACCCGAUGAUUCUGUAGGGAUACUGAAGCACCUUCCUUUGGAUGUUUGUGAUCUUUCCGCUAACUGCUUCCUUUAUACGGCUGCAGUAUUGGGAAAGCGAUUCCUUUUGGCUGGAUUAAAGGGCCUCAAAAGCGAUCGUGAUGUACGAAUAUCACAUAAAAUACUUGCAUUGAACUGUAUUACUACCAUAGCGAAACAUGAAGACCUUUCGAAGGUUACCCUUUUAUUUGGUGAUUUCGAGCAGAGCUUGAGCGAGGUUUCCCGCUUCAUUCUUCAUGAUGACGAUCAGUUAUGCGCAUCUACAGUUGCCUUUUUGUUCAGUCUAGACAAAUAUGAGACUGGAGCGACGGGCCUCGAUCGUGACUUUGAGUACCGAUUUGUCUUUUUACUUCGAGCUGCCCUUGAAUGCCUUGGAACUAUCUGUGAAAUGCUAACGUUCUCGCAGAUGCGCCCACUACUUCAAGAGAUUUUGUUGUAUGUCAAGGUGACUUUUGAAGUUUGUCCGGACGGUUGUACAACGUUGUUACACCAGCUUUUUAAAGUGGUUUUCGGGAAGAAUACGGCCAACAUCAAUCUGGAUGUUCUUCAUUCCAUGAAAAUGAAGGAUCCUCUUCCCCCGUUGAAUGAAGCCGAAAUGCUGUAUCUUCGUUAUGCGAAUGAGUUUACAUUGUUCUCUGCAUUUGUCAGUCGGAAGGAAUACAUGGAUACCUUUGUUACUCGGUGA